AUGGAGCGCUCCUGGAGUGCAGAGGAGGAAUGCAAAUCAUGUAUCUUCCCAGUCCUCGACGGUGACACGUCAAACGAACCGCACGUCGUGUCGCAAGAUAUUACUAUCUACAGCCUGCAAAAGAUCAGAGCCUUCUGCGACAGUAAUGGGACCGACCUGACUUCUCUACUCAUCGCCGCGUGGUCCAUCGUUCUCCACAGGUUUUCUGAAAUGGAUGUGCUUUACUUCAGUCUUAAUUUGUCAGGUGCGACAAUUGGCAUGACCACUUGUGUUCCUGACAGCGUGCAAUUGCUUGCGGUGACAGUGAACCCCGACUCCCCCAUCAGAGAGUUACUUCAAUGCAACAGCAGUUUAUAUGCUCUAGACCUUGAUUCGAGCCGCAUUCACUUCAACACCGGCGUUGAAAUCCGAAAGAACAGUACAGGGGGACCACUGCAGCUGAAGCUGAAUGACAGAGUCAGCGUUAUAGAUGGUCAGGCCCAGCGAUAUGACUUGUUGCUUGUCAUGGAAAUAUGUGGUGAGAAGGUGCAUAUGCAGCUAGAAUACAGCACUUCGGCCCUCUCCCACCGACAAGGAAGAGGCAUAGCGGGCUCUGUAGCAGAGGCAAUCCAGUGCUUUUUCCGGGAUCCAGGUCAGAUAGUACGGGAUGUCGACUUGGUCGAUCAGCAGAGUCGGCAUGAUAUAUCGAAAUGGAACAGUCGAAAUAUGGCCACUUCCUAUCAUCGCUCAAUAACGGAAAUAAUCCAUGGAAGAUCGUGUGCUCAGUCAGACGCACAAGCGAUUUGCUCCUGGGACGGCCAGAUGACAUACGCCCAGCUGGAGAAGCUUUCCACCAUAUUGGCAGUGCAUCUGCAAAAAGCGGGGAUUGGAGCUGAUGUGAUGGUGCCUCUUUGCUUCGAGAAAUCUAUUUGGGCGAUUGUGGCAAUACUGGCUGUGCUCAAGGCGGGAGCUGCAUUUGUUCCAAUGGAUGCUUCCAACCCGGUGGCGCGUCUGCAGCAAGUCAUUUCGCAGACGCAUGCGACAUUUAUCUUAGUAUCGGAACAAUACACGACGUUGCUUACAGGGGCCGCAGACCACAUACUCACCAUCUCUGGUUCCCUUAUGGGGCAACUGCAGGAUACCGGCCCACUUGCACAUACCCACGCGCAACCACACCAUAUUGCAUAUGUGCUCUUUACGUCGGGCAGCACUGGGAACCCGAAAGGAUGUGUAGUCGAGCAUCAGGCUUUAGGAGGCAUCGUAAGUCACGGAAAGGCAUUACAGAUCAGCUCUGGGUGUCGGGCGCUACAGUUUGCGUCGUACAGCUUUGGCAUUUCUUUGGUCGAGAUAUUCUGCACACUGGUUGCGGGAGGGGUGGUUUGCAUUCCUUCCGAAACUGAGCGCAUCAAUGACCCUUCGGGAGCAGUACGUCGGAUGUCGGUCGAUUGGGCUUUUCUGACUCCUUCUGUGGUCAAUUUCCUCAAUCCUAAGAGUAUGCCCACGCUUAGAACGUUGGCUGUUGCUGGCGAGCCCUUAAGCAAGCGCAUUGUCGAGAAUUGGGCGGGGGCUGUCCAUCUAGUGCCGGUAUAUGGGAUGACGGAAUGGGCAGGAAUAUGUACAGUCCAGCCGCAGAUGACACCGACCAUGAACGUCCAAAACAUCGGCACAUCGCCCAGUGCAAACCUCUGGCUUGUUAAUCCUGACAAUUAUGAACUGCUCGCUCCAAUCGGAGCUAUUGCUGAGCUGCUCAUCGAAGGCCCCUGUCUGGCACGGGGUUACCUUGGUGAUGCUGAGCGAACAACUACAGCGUUCAUCACAGAUCCGUCUUGGCUGCAUUUUUUCCGACAUAACGGGCCGUCUACACUCUAUCGCACAGGCGACCUCGUUCGGUAUGGUCCUGAUGGGACCAUCAACUAUGUCGGACGCAAGGGCCUGCGGACCAAGAUUCGAGGCCAGCGGGUUGAGCUCGGAGAGGUGGAAUACCACGUUUGCCGCCACUUCCGCGAUGCCGCCAAGGCCAUUGUCGAGGUGGUGGUCCCAGUGGGAGGCACUGCGUCUCCAGUCUUGGUGGCAUUCGUUAGUUCUAGAGAAGGGAAAGCCCGCGAGCACCAGCAUAUUCACGGAGAUUCUGGCCCUGGUCUAAUCCUCGAUGAUUCUGAUCAGGCAUUCCGACUAAAUGCUGCGACGACGGAUUCAGCCAUCCGUAGUCUCUUACCUGAUUAUAUGGUCCCGCAGGCUUAUAUCCCUUUGAAAUAUGUACCGUUGACAGUAACAGGGAAAGUAAGCCGCCGCACCCUGAGGGAAGCUGCAGGUAAACUGUCUUAUGAAGCUUUGAUCUCAUUUACCGACACCAGAAUCAAGAAAGAGAAACCAGGCUCGGACGUUGAAAAGUUUCUCCAUCAGCUGGUCUCACAGACUCUCAGUCUACGAUCCGAUAGUUUUGGCGUAAAUGAGAGCUUUUUCCGACUCGGAGGCGACUCCAUCAGGGCGAUGGAUUUGGCGGCUCGAUGCCGAGCUCAUGAUAUAUCAAUCACUGUGCAGGAUAUCUUUCGUGAGAAAACCAUAGCCCGUCUAUCCCUAUGCGCAAAUACGGAUGAAACAAGCACGCCAACGCAGUUCAACGAUAAUACCGAGGCAGCGUUUCUUCUAUCUCCAGCCCAGCAGAACAUAAUUCAUGCAGUAUCCAGAGGCCAAUGUCAACCUAUUCAGACAAUUUGUCUUCAAAUGGAGAGGCAGACUUCUCCUGAAUUCAUGGAGACCACAAUCUACGAGGUUGUCCGACGUCACUCAAUGCUGCGCGCCCGUUUUGCCCAGGAUGAUGAGGGUUACUGGACUCAGAGAGUUGUUGACGAGCCCCGAGGAGCAUAUGGGUACAGCAACCGCACUGCAACCAGCAAGGAAGCCGUGUCCGACAUUACAGCCACCGCUCAGCGAGUUUUAGAUAUCAAAAACGGUCCUGUAUUUGCUGCUUUAUAUAUUCGUGAUGACGGAGGCAGUCAGUUUCUGGUCCUUUUCGCCCAUGAAUUAGUGGUGGACCAGACUUCGUGGAAGAUCAUUCUGGCAGAUAUUGAAGACCUUCUGAGCGGAAAAAAUCCGUCAGACAGGCCAAAGGCACAGCCUUUUCGGGAAUGGUGCUGUACUGAGUUGCAAAACAAUCGUGCUCAUCACGUUGUUUCCCGCCAGGCUAUGGCUUCAAAAGUAGCAGAUUCAGCGGUGGACGAUUCCCUGGCCACUCACAAGUGCCGCGCGACUGGGAGCGACUUCACGAUACCGCCAACGGUUUCGCACUCGAUUCUCACCAAAGCGAGUGGAAUUCUCCGGGUGGAGCCCUUUGAAAUCUUUCAAGCUUUGGUACUCCAUUCCUUCGCACGGACUUUUGAAAGUCGAGAGCUGCCUGCGAUAAAAGCUCAAAUAGAUGGACGCGAAUUGUACCACUGCUCUGGUGGUGAUUACUCAUGGACUGUGGGUCAUUUUAAUACGCAUUUGCAUGUUAAAGUGCCUUCUCAUGGGCAGCCCGAUCUUCUAGACUUUCUACGUCAGACGAAGGAGAGCUGUCGUCAAGACCACAACAGAGGGGACACACCGCCUUCAGUCAACGGGGCCGCGGUAUUGUCGAGAAAGAAGCCAAUAAUCCUUUUCACCUUUGCCACACCUACGCAGCGGCGAGGAGCGUGUGGCAGUACUCUGUGGCAACAGGUGUCUUUCCAGGCUGGAGAGUGGCCAGGGUAUAUACAUAAUGUCCUGCCUCCCGCAUUCACGGCGGUUAAUGUUUGCCUCAUCAAUGAUCUCCUGGAAGUCUCUUUUAGUCGAAGCGACGCACUGCCUGACACAGAACUUCAGCGCUGGGCCCACGAAUGCGAGCAAUCUGUAGACGAGGUUGUGGAAAUAAUACGGCAGGGGAAGCCUAUUUUCAUUCCCAGAGAUUUUCCACUGCUCGAGAUAAGCGUCGCUGACCUGGACUACCUCCUGAAUCACCGCCUGCCAGCAAUCGGUCUUGACCAGAAAGAUCUGGAAACGGCGUAUCCAUGUUCACCCAUUCAGCAAGGAAUGCUGCUAAGCCAGGCACGCCAGCCUCAAUCCUAUCAGUUAUUCUUCAUUUGGGAGGUCACUGCGGUAGGUAACACUCACAAAAUCGAUAGUGACAGGCUCCAGGCUGCCUGGGUACAGCUGACCCAUCGCCAUUCCGUCCUGAGGUCAAUCUUUAUGGAAAGUGUUUCAAAACACUCAUUCAUACAGGUGGUUUUGAAUGCUGGCGCAGUGCAGACAGCACUCAUAAGAUGUGCUGAUGCUGAUGCGUGUGGUUCUCUCUAUGCAAACCGGCAGAUCUCCAAACAGAGGCGAGAGACGCUACCACGAUUCACAGUCUGUGAGACGGACAGCGACAGAGUCUUGUGUGCUCUGGAAAUUAGCCAUGUGCUUACUGAUGCCACCUCAAUGGCCAUUUUGCAACGUGACCUGACUCUAGCAUACGACGACCAGCUCCCUAUCUGUGGGAGAGCAAGCUACGGAGACUACAUCGCAUUUUUGCAAAGUGCAUGUGAAGCUCCUGCCGUCGAGUAUUGGAGGAAGUAUCUUGGUGGCUGUGGCCCCUGCGUAUUCCCGCGGCUGCGCAACGCCUCAUUAUCUUCUGGUGACACCAUAGAACUGCAACAUACCCAUGUGCCACUGGGAGACGUAUCUAGGAUCCACGACUUCUGUGCUGAUACAGGUUUCACAGUAUCGAAUGUCCUUCAGCUUGCUUGGGGACUGGUACUGCGAGCUUUCACAGGGCUGAACUCGGUGUGCUUUGGUUACCUCGCGUCGGGGCGAGGAACUCCGGUAUCUAGAAUAGAAGACGCCGUGGGCCCAUACAUAAACAUGUUAAUCUGUCGCUUGGAUUUCAAUGAGUUCAGGACACCCUUGCAGAUACUGAGUAAGCUCCAAGUGGAUUUUGCAGCGGGAUUGACUUACCAGCACUUCUCGUUAUCCGACCUUUUCCACUCAAUGGACCUCGCAGAAAAGUCGAUGUUCAACACAUGUAUGACAUUCUUCUCGGAGGAAAGUCAAGGCAAUGACUUGGGAGAAGGGAGUCUGGCGAUUCUAGAGAUGGAAUCUUACCUGCCGAGCGAGUACGAUGUCAUGAUCGAAUGUAGAACAAAAGGCCGUCGUCUGACCGCGGCGCUGCGUUAUGAGACGGCGACCGUAUCUGAGAGACAAGCCACAGAAAUAGCACACAAUUUGUACCAAGCGGUGUCUGGCAUUAUGGAGGGCGAAGAAAUCGCCAGAGUAUCACUGUUAAGCGAAUUAGACCAAAAGCGGCUAAGAGAGUGGAAUGGAGAGGUGCCUGAGCGGGUGGAGCGGUGCGUGCACGAGCUGAUUGAGGAACGGUGCCGAGCCCAGCCGACGGCGCCGGCUGUGUGCGCGUGGGAUGGUGACCUGACAUAUGGCGAGCUGGAUGCACUGUCUUCGGCGCUGGCAGCGCAUCUAGUCGAGCGUGGGGUAGGGCCUGAGGUGUUCGUGCCGCUAUGCUUCGAAAAGUCGCGGUGGACGACAGUGGCAAUGCUUGGGGUGGUAAAGGCGGGCGGCGCGUUUGUGUUGUUGGACCCAUCGUAUCCGCAGGCGCGGCUGCGGAAGAUCUGCCGAGAUGUGUCGGCUGAGCUAGUUGUGGCAUCGGUGCACAACAGGGCUAUGGCGGCAGACCUGGCAGCGCAGGUAGUAGUGGUAGGCGACCACGAGACAGUAUGGCGGAAACAUAUCAUCAACUGGGCAGGCUCUGCAGUGGCGCCCGACAAUGCGCUUUACGCCGUCUUCACCUCCGGCUCCACUGGCUCCCCCAAAGGAGCGGUCAUCCCCCAUAGCGCUUACUCCACGAGUGCAUUGUCCCACGGUCAACGUCUGUCCCUGUCCAGCCGGUCAAGAGUACUUCAAUUUGUUUCAUAUGGAUUUGACGUUAGCAUUGCUGACUCAUUAACCACCUUAAUCUUUGGCGCGUCAAUUUGUGUUCCGUCUGACACAGAACGAAGAAAUGACUUGGCCCUGACAAUCACGAACUACCAGGUGAACUGGGCGCAUCUUACCCCGUCGCUGAUCAAAAUCCUAGAGCCCGAAGCUGUGCCGAACUUACAAACUUUGGCUCUGAUAGGGGAGCAGAUGUCGAAGGCAGACGUUGAGGUUUGGGCUUCCCGGGUACAGCUGAUAAAUUCCUACGGACCGGCAGAAUGCAGUGUUGUGAGUACUAUACUAUCAAGCAUGAAGCCAGGUACAGACCCUCAGAAUAUCGGGUACGCAACAGACUGUGUUGCCUGGGUAGCAGACAUGCAAAGCCACGAGAGAUUAGUCCCGAUCGGAGCCGUGGGUGAGCUGCUGAUUGAGGGACCAAUUGUCGGGCGUGGCUACCUCAACGAUCCGGAGCGGACGAAGGCGGUGUUUAUCGACCCGCCGGCUUGGCUACGCCAGUUCCGUGGGAGGAACGUUACCGGACGAUUGUACAAGACAGGCGACCUGGUGCAGUAUGUGGAGGAUGGGUCAUUACGCUUUGUCGGGCGUAAGGACACGCAGGUCAAGCUCCGCGGCCAGCGUAUCGAGCUGGGUGAAGUGGAGCACCACGUGCAGCAGUGCUUCCCGCGGGUGUGCGAUGUAGUGGCCGAGAUAGUCACGCCGACGGAGGCUGAGCGGCCGCCGCUGCUGGUGGUGUUUAUCCAGACAGACAGGCUACACCAAGAAUCGCCAGGCAAUGCUGCCUCUAACAGCAAUAUAGAAGAUAUCCUGGCUGCGCCUACUAAUGCCUUCCGCGCGGAUAUCCCUACUGCCAAGGCUAACCUCUAUAAUGUCGUGCCAGCCUAUAUGGUGCCAGAGCUUUUCCUUCCCUUGAUUGCUGUGCCGCUGACAGCUACUGGCAAAAUUGAUCGUCACCGGCUGCGAGACCGGGCUGCCGGUCUGUCUCGAGCAGAGAUCGAGGCAUACCACAGCCUUACACGGCUAUGGGCGCAGGUAUUAAAUAUCGCGCCCCAAACGAUUGGCGCUGACGACAACUUCUUCCACCUUGGUGGUGACUCGAUCUCAGCGAUGAAGCUUAUUGGCGUUGUCCGCGAGGGAGGUCUCGCACUUACCGUGGUCGAUGUGUUUCACCAGCCGAGACUGUCGGAUUUGGCACGUGUUGCCCAGUCGACGUCGGGGACGCCCUCGCACAUCUCCAAUCUUCCGUCCCCGUUCUCUCUACUGGAACGCGGUGGCGUGCACGAUGCUGUCGUUCAACUGGCCAUCGACCAAUGCCAGGUCUGUCGCGGCCAGAUUACCGACAUUUACCCCUGCACCGCCCUGCAGGAGGGUCUCAUUGCCCUCACAGCCAAGACAGCGAGGGCCUAUAUUGCCCACUUCUCUUAUCGCAUCCCGACUGACACCGAGCUGGUUCACUUCCGAGCUGCAUGGAACACGGUGGCCAUCGCCAAUCCUAUUCUCAGUACGAGGAUCAUCUCGCGCGACCCGCUGGGAAGCUUCCAGGCAGUUGUGCCAGGCGAGCUUCCGUGGGUGCUCUACGACGAUGAGGAAACGUAUUUGGCAAAAGCCACAUCAUCAUUCGGGCUGGGCGAACCCCUAGUCCAGGCGGUCGUCGUCACGAACCGAAGCUCGAAGAAGGGACCACGGUUCAUCCUGACGAUGCAUCACGCGUUGUACGACGCCUGGUCUCUGCCGCUGCUUCUGGUGCAGGCUGCAGCGGCCAUCCGGGGCGACCUGUUAAAGCCCCGACCUUUCAGCCCGUUUAUAGCGUAUCUCUGCGACUCAAAGACAAAGGCUGAUGCGGAUGUCUUCUGGCGGUCAAAGUUCACCGAGCUGGAAGCUUCUUGUUUCCCACCGCUGCCGACGCCGGCAUACACUCCGAAUCCAACCAUGUCCGCCACGCAUACGAUAAGCUUGCCCCACGGCCCGGUGGACGGUUUUACAGUGUCCACCAAGCUUCGGCUGGCCUGGGCUUUGACCCUUUCGCAGUAUUCCAAUACCAGCGACAUCGUUUUUGGACUGACUGUCACGGGCCGUGGGGCGCCGGUGUCGGGCAUUGAGCAGAUGACCGGACCGACCAUCGCCACCGUCCCUCUCCGCGUCUGGCUGGACAGGGAUGCCACCAUAACUCAGGCCCUCCAGCGAGUGCAGGAUCAAUCAAUCGAGAUGAUGGCGUUUGAGCAGACUGGCCUGCAGAAUAUCCGCCGUCUGAGCGAUGAGGCGGCGGCGGCUUGCCGGUUCCAAAACCUGCUGGUUAUCCAGCCGCGCCAAAGAGAUGACAUACCGGACCUGUUUACAGAACCGGAUAUCCUCGCUGAACAAGACGCAUUCAUGACUUACGCACUUACUAUCCUGUGUGAAUCCGAGAGCGGCUCGGUGAGCGUACAGGCGACAUAUGAUCCGCAGACGAUCACGACCACAGAAGUGCAGCGAAUGCUUUACCAACUGGCACAUAUGAUGGGACAUAUUUAUCAGCAGCCGAACAAGCUAAUCGGAGAUCUGAGCAAGAUAAGCCGCGAGGAUUGGAGGCAACUGAAGGAGUGGAAUGGAGAGGUGCCUGAGCGGAUGGAGCGAUGCGUGCACGAGCUGAUUGAGGAACGGUGCCGAGCCCAGCCGAUGGCGCCGGCUGUGUGCGCGUGGGAUGGUGACCUGACAUAUGGCGAGCUGGAUGCACUGUCUUCGGCGCUGGCAGCGCAUCUAGUCGAGCGUGGGGUAGGGCCUGAGGUGUUCGUGCCGCUAUGCUUCGAAAAGUCGCGGUGGACGACAGUGGCAAUGCUUGGGGUGGUAAAGGCGGGCGGCGCGUUUGUGUUGUUGGACCCAUCGUAUCCGCAGGCGCGGCUGCGGAAGAUCUGCCGAGAUGUGUCGGCUGAGCUAAUCAUAGCAUCGGCGCACAACAAAGCAAUGGCGGCGCAUCUGGUGGCGGACCGUCUAGUAACUGUGGUGUCUGUUGGGGUUAGUGACACUACAUGGCGGGACAGGAGCAGCCUAAUUGUCCCGUCUUCCGUCAGCCCAGUGAACGCGUUGUAUGCCGUGUUUACCUCUGGCUCCACUGGUACCCCUAAAGGACUGGUUAUCCCGCAUGCUAGCUUUUGCUCCAGCGUGCUACCAUAUAUGGACGCUCUCCGCCUUACAAGUCAAUCGCAUAUCCUCCAGUUCUCGUCAUACGCCUUUGAUAUUAGCAUUAUGGAUGUCUUCAUGUCACUGAUAGCUGGCGCAUGUGUCUGCAUGCCCUUCGAGUCCUCCCGGCAGACUGAUAUCAACGCCGCCAUAGGGGCAUACCAGAUCAGUUGUGCUAACAUUACUCCAUCCUUGUUGAGCACAUUGACACAUGAGAGCCUUCAGGUAUUACAAACAGUGGCUGUUGGGGGUGAAACUGUCUCCGCUGCUGCAAUGAAAAGCUGCAGUCCACAUGUUCAACUAAUAAAUGCCUAUGGGCCUGCUGAAUGUUCUGUAUCAGCCACUGUUCAGACAAGGCUGAAUGAACGCUCAGAUCGGGGGAAUAUUGGCCAUGCGAUAGGAUGUGCAUGUUGGGUGGUAGAUUGCGAGAGCCAUGAGAGACUGGUACCAAUCGGAGCCGUGGGUGAGCUGCUGAUUGAGGGACCAAUUGUCGGGCGUGGCUACCUCAACGAUCCGGAGCGGACGAAGGCGGUGUUUAUCGACCCGCCGGCUUGGCUACGCCAAUUCCGUGGGAGAAAUGUUAGCGGACGGUUGUAUAAGACAGGCGACCUAGUGCAGUACGCGGAGGACGGGUCGCUGCGCUUUAUUGGGCGCAGGGACACACAGGUCAAGCUCCGUGGCCAGCGUAUCGAGCUGGGUGAAGUGGAGCACCAUGUGCAGCAGUGCUUCCCGCAGGCGCGCAAUGUGGUGGCCGAGAUAGUCACAUCAGCAGAGGCUGGGCGGCCACCGUUACUAGUGGUAUUUGUCCAGACAGACAGGCUACACCAAGAAUCGCCAGGCAAUGCUGCCUCUAACAGCAAUAUAGAAGAUAUCCUGGCUGCGCCUACUAAUGCCUUCCGCGCGGAUAUCCCUACUGCCAAGGCUAACCUCUAUAAUGUCGUGCCAGCCUAUAUGGUGCCAGAGCUUUUCCUUCCCUUGAUUGCUGUGCCGCUGACAGCUACUGGCAAAAUUGAUCGUCGCCAGCUGCGAGACCGGGCUGCCAGCCUUUCUCGAGCAGAGAUCGAGGCAUACCACAGCCUUACAGUAGCCAAACGCCCCCCUGCCACCCUAAUGGAGCGGACACUGCAGCAGCUAUGGGCACAGGUAUUAAAUACCAGGCCCCAUACUAUUGGCGCGGAUGACAACUUCUUCCACCUUGGUGGUGACUCAAUCGCGGCGAUGAAGCUCAUCAGUGUCACCCGCAAGGGCGGUCUGGCGCUUACGGUAGCUGACGUCUUCCGGUUGCCAACUCUUGCCCAACAGGCCGCAUCAAAAUUGAGUGACUGUUCAAGGGUUUAG